AUGCGUGGACUGCUGUCGCCGGUGCUUGGCCACGGUCUCACCUGCUGCGCGGAGGAACCGCCAUAUGCUUGGGCGGACGGGCGUGCCUACACCACACCAAACCAGCUUCCAGAGGACGCGUGGCAGAUCUGGAUCAUCGAUGAUGUCACCGUCAUUGGCGCGGGUUUCUGGUAUUCCCAUCCUACCUUGCGGGCGGCAGCCACCGUCGAUGCAGGCUUCGCCUUCAGCAUGAACCCCAGCACGGUGAUGACGCGGAUCGCUGUAGAUGAUGCGCUUGGGCUGCCUUACUUGUCCAGUGUGACCUUCGAUGUGGGACUCGCAUCCACGGCUGGGACCUACAAGCUCUGUUGGUGUCCAUCUUGGGACUGGCCUGAGUCCAGCACGUUGCAUGGCGGCGAUGUAGACACAGUGCCCUGCUCCAGUGAGCAGGAGUUCUUUGUGAACAACGGCAACUUGGUGGUUGGUUUCCUGACGGCGCAGGACCGGUACCACUGCAUGUUGGGUGCCAACUGCUUGCUGGGCGUGGCAUUGCCGGCCUCCUUGCCAAACCAGCGUGCGGUACUGCUGCCGGGCAACAUUCGCUGCGCAGAGGCACAGAACAGCAUGGCUUCGCCCUGGAGCGACGCGCGGAACGUCUCAGGAAGCAAACCGUUGGCCAGUACCAACUGGACGGUCUUCGACUUUGGGAGCGCCACUGUGGUGGGAGAGUUCCAGAUUUGCAUUUGCACCAACUAUGACAAUGGUCAAGAUGGCUUGGCUUGCAGCCAAAUCGAGGAGUUUUAUGAAGCUGCAGGGCCUUUGAUCGUAGCAGAUGAGGUCUUUUUAGCCUUCGAAGCAGGGCUGACUCCAGUGGAUUUGAACGUGAGCCGUGGCUAUGGCCUGGACUCCUCCGACAGGCUCUUCCUCCACUCGGGCUUCUUCUGCAAUGCUUCCACGCUAGGCUCCUUCGUGAUCUCUCCCAGCACGGUGGAGGCCGCCGGUGCUUGGGCUCUUUACUCCUUGGACUCCCUGCAGCUUCCCAGCGGCCUCUACGUGGCAUGCCUUUGCAGCAACUUCGAUGGACCAGAUGCAGAUCAGGUCCGCUGCAACGAUGCCGACGAGUUCACGGCCCCGGUCGGGCGGCUACAGGUGGCUGCUGUCGAAGGACCACAGCUGUCGUCCAGCGUGUCUGGCACCAUCACAUUGAGGCUGAACUUGACACGUCGGCUGUCAGCGGUACACUUGGCUGCAGCCUCUAGUGGCUACGCCCUGGCGACUGCCUUGGAGAUUGCCCUGAGAACGGUUCUGGAGUCAUACAUUGUUCCCGUCAGCGUGGUCAUCACAGGCGUCUCACCACUGCUGGGCUCCAAUCCGCUGGACGUGUCGGCGAACUUCACCGCCACCUUCAAUGGCUCAGCGGAAGAACAUUUGCUCGAGGUGCGGGACUUCGACAAUGCGAGCUGUCCGGAACAGCUCUUGGAUCCUCCCUGGAGCACUACCGGUGGCGCAGUCGUUACACCAGCCUUCGAAGACUCAGCAUUGUUGUUGGGCUGCCUGCGGCUUGCAGAUAUUCUAACCAAUGAAGGUCCGGCGAUUCAAAGCGCUGUCACGCUGUUGCUGCAGAGUGCCUCGCUGUCAGGCAUCGGAGCAAUUGAGGUCAUGGGCAUCGAGUCCUUGAAGGCGCCUGCCAUGGGAUACUUGCCGGCUGUGUACCGCUGUGUGCGUGGGGCUCCUUGUCGGAUUCUGGUCGAGGCGGCUUUGGGCUCAGGCCUUGUUCCCGCUGAUGGUUCUAUGCUCUUGACAGGCUCAAGCGUUUGCGGAUCGCAGGAUCUCCAACGUUUGACCACAGUGCUUCCCAGCAACCCGGUGGAUGCGUCGAGCCCGGGCUCCACCUCCACACGCCUGGUGGACUUGGGGGCCCCUUUGCUGGAGGGUAGCUACACCUUGUGCUACUGUGCGGGUGGUGACUCGGGCAGUGGGACCUGCGGCUCAUCGCUGGACUACUUCAGCCUCGUGGGGACACUGUCAGUACGUGGCCCCAAUCCAUUGGAAGCCUUUUGCGUGGUCUACAAGGAUUGCAACGUGUCCCUUUGGGGUGUGGAACUCUCUGUUUGGGAUUCACUCUUGGUGAAGGAUGGCACAGGUAGCUGCUACGACUCCACAGCCACUGGCUUCGGAGCCUCAAGCUACUUUGCUGUCAACCCCGCUGGGCUCCCUACAGAGGACUCCUUGGCACGUUGGACCUUCCAACUGGGCGUCGCCUCGCAGACCGGCACGUACCAGAUUUGCUAUUGCGCCAGCUACAGUGCUGGCUCCACUGUGCCCUGUCAAUCGCCUUCAGAGUUCACCAUGCAGGCCGGCUUCCUCUAUGUACGUGGAGUCCAGCAGACCAACUCGGCCACCUUCAGCUGUGUGAGAUCCUCGAAAGGCGAUGCCGAUGCGGCAUGCGACCUGCCGGUGGAGGGUACGGCGCUAAUGCCUGUGCAGGACAAGAUGCUGGUAGUGCCCGCGAGCAGCAAUGCAUCCUGUGGCGAGGUGCAGCCAGAAGUGAGCUUUGGCGUGAGCCCCAAUCCAGUUGCUUUGAGCAUUGCUGACAACGUGAAUGCGACCCCUUGGGGCUUGAUGUCCUCGUACCACUUGGCGCGGUGGGUCAUUACCAGGCUGGAGAUCGUGGGAAGCUAUCAGAUCUGCUACUGCGCCGAUUCUGCGGAUGGACUGCAAGAUGGUCGAGGGGCGUGUUUCACCUCGGUCGCCGGCUUCUACCACGAGGUCGGCACAUUGGAGGUGAGAGGCGCAGACAGCUCCCAGAUGUUUCUGUGCGUGCCCGGAGAAGUGUGCGAAUUGCUUGUGUCUGGUGUGAACCUGUCCACCUCAGACAAGGUGCGCCUUGUAGGACCUGAGGACAGCUGUGCUCGAGUGAAGUCCUCCAUCAAUGCCACGACCGUAGACUUCAACGCUGCGGUGGAAGCCAAUGCCACCCAUGCCAGGUUCAACUUGGGUACGAUCUUGUCUCUGGACAAUCCCUCAGCCAUGCGCUUGUGCUAUUGUGCCAACUUCAAUCAGGAUGGACAGGGCGAGACCUGCUCGGAUGCCAAUGACUUUACCCACUCGGCCGGGGUGGUGAACAUGGCCAUUUGUCCUCAGCCUCCAAGCAGCCCUGUCUUUGUGGUGCCUGUGCAGGAUGUCUAUGGAGGCAUUGGCGAGGGCAUGUUCCGGCUGUAUUCCUUGCCAGCUUGGGUUUGCAUUGAUACACCAUCCAGGACACCUGCAGAUUACCAGCGCUAUCAGUCGAUCCUCCCCUUGGGCACCGGCGGCUCAGAAGGAAAGGGCGGCGAUGUGGGCGGACACGACUUGGUCUUCUCCAGUGGCAGGGCUCAGUGCGUUCCGGGAAUCGAUGUCAAUGUGCCCAGGCUGCCGAACAUGAACGACUCGGCCACAGAGGUCUCAGUGGUGGGAGGUUCCGGCGCCCGAACUGAUGGCUUGCUGAUUGAGUAUGGCUUCAGAUUGCAAGUGGCCUCCAGCCUCUCAGACGAGCGAGGGAACCUGCAGAGCUGUAGCACGUGGGAGGUGGAGAUGCGCUCUUUUGGCUGCGGCUGGGAUGCGGCGCUGACGUUCGGGUUCUUGCUGCACUUGUUCAUCGGUUUCAUCAUCCUGUGGACCUGCUUCAGCAACCAGCUCUACCAUUGCAGCGCCUUCUGUUCCUGGACGAAGAAGGUGGACCCCAUCGUGGACAGCCAGAACCCAUUGCCACUGGAGGACACCCCCCUGCGACGUGCCGCUGAUGCUGGGACCGUUCAACCGGUCCCUACCACCAAGACCGGAGGGACCUUCACCGUGAAGGCUUUUGCUGCCGGAGGUGCUUCUGUAGAUGAGCCGGACCGACCUCUACAGAUUCUCUGCAGCAGCAGGGCGGCCUGGCUCUUGGUGUUGGUGCGCAUGACCACGCUGAUCGUCCAGCUAGUGGUGGUCCUGCUACGCGUCGAGGAUGCCGUCAUCUUUUUCCUCAUCCCGGCUCUCAUGGCACUGGUUUGCUUGGUGGCGCAGGUCGUUUUGGUUUGGACCGCCUGGGGGCGAUAUCGCACCUGGCGCUGCUUCAAGCGGCCUCAGCAUUUGAUGCACAGCUUCACACUGAACUUGAAGCUCCACGUGGACAUGGUCAUCCCUUUGUUGGCUCGCCGGCAUCAUGCCGAGCUUUGGCGGGUAGCCGUGGUGCUGGUGAUUUUGGAGCUUCUGGUGCAGGUGCUCCAUCCCAUUUGGACACUCUUACUGGUCCUACGCUCUGCACGGCGCACGUUGCGGCGACCAGCGACGGCGUGGUCACCGCAUCCACGGCCGGCGGCACCACAGCGGUUGGAACAGAUGGAGGUUGAUGUGAACGACGAGAGGGUUCAGACAGUCCUGAAGGAAACGAUGCCUAAACCAGAUCGCCAUGGAUCCUUGUCCACGACCGAUCCGAUGACCGUGAUGGCCGAUGUGGCGAAUAAGCUCACAUUGGACAAGCUGCCGAAGGGCGUGACGGUGCAACAAGGCAAAAUCGGUUUGGAGGGAAUCGCCACCACCGGAGCCAUUACCACGGUGAAAGUGACUGGUCACACCAGUGCCGUGGGUGAGGAAACUGAGGAGCCAAGGGAACGCCGGAGCCGGCGCACGUCGGUGGAAUUCCUCGCGGGCGGCCUCGCGCUGGAGGAUGAGCGCAGUCCUUCUACCACGACACAGCGCUAUGGGGCUCGCGGGGCUCGGGCCUCUGCUGAUCUCUAUGCCUCUUUUGAGGAAGAGCGAUCGCCGGCCAAAGGGAGCUUGACCAACAGUUUGGAGAGCCGGCAGAAGCACGAAGAGUUGGUGUUGCACAUGUUCCGCAUGAAGGCCUUGGAAGAGCACCUCAAGGAAAGCAGAAAGCCCAGGUGGCGGUGCCGCUGCUGCUCCUUCUGCCUUUCUGUCAUGAUGAGCCCCUUCCGAUGCUGUGCUGCGCGCUACAAGGGUGUGCACCAGACCGUGGCGGCGCUCCAGUUCCGUCGGCACGCGGAGGGCGCCGGUGGCUUCCAGCUGCCUCACUUUGAGGCGGCCUUGGCAAACGCAGCUGUGGCCUUACCUGCAGCCUCAUCCCAGGAAGCGAGCGAGACUAGGCGUCAAGUGGCAGAGGUUCGGCAGAUGCUCUCAGGCCAUGUGAAUGCCUUCCGGCAAGCCAAAGCCUUAGGGCAGCACUUGGUGGUCGGAGUGAACAGCGACGAGUCGGUGUUGCAGGUCGCUUGGCGUCGUGAACCACGUCUCGGUACAUUGGAUUCGAUCGAGUCUCGGACGAGUAGACUGCGACCUCCACCGGACCGCUUCACCGGGGACCUCGUCACCUUUCCGGGGGCCAAGGGCUUCCUACCGGUGCUCAAGAACAGCGAGCGUCAGCGUGCGGUCCUGGGCUGCCGCUUUGUGGAUGAGCACCUCAGCCUUUACGUGGCAGAGGCUCUGGCAAGCUUUGAAGCAAUGGCAGCCACGGCAGAACAGGCCUUCAAGAAGAAAGUGCAGCGCACCGCGCAUGUGAAUACAUUCUUUGCUGAUCUGGAGGCACAAUCUUUCCCUGAAGAUUUGGUCCGAGUAAGCUAUCCGGAGGCUGUUCACCAUUGGGAAUUGUUGGGUCAGACUCAAAGCACACCAUGGAUUUGGGUGAUGUUGCUGGAACUUUGUUUGGUGUCCUUUCUGUCUCCAACAGCUGCGCUGCGCCCAAUCCCCGCCAUCACAGUGUAUGCUGUGCUGUGGUUGGUCUUUAUGCGCCCUGGUUCCACAUCAACAUCCAAUCUUCUUUGGCUCUAUGGAGAUUGCUUGGAUGUGACUGAGGAUCGUGCACGCAAAGAUCGGAUCCGGCGUCGCCUGGAGCGUGCCCAAAAACAAAUUGGGAAGGGCGCCGGUGGCAAAGGAAAGGGCGAAGUUAACGAGUUUGCAGGACCGAGCUUUGUCACAGCAUGUUCUUGUGCUUGCGCGGUUCCAGAGCGAGGGCACGCUUUGACGCAACAGCUCAAGCGAGCUGCUGGCUGUGCUUUAGUCGAGUACCAGAGAGGUACGAAUCAGCGCGCCAAGCUGGAAGGCAUCUCCACCACUGACAUCGUUGGACGAUUGCUUCUCCUGACGCAGGAUCAUCACACCAACCUCCUAGAAGAGUCAGCCACCUCCUCUGCUGGCGUUUUCGCGUCGCAGCAAUCGAGCUUUUUGGUGACCUCCCAACUGCUGAGAGCUUUCUCUGGCGCGCUGCCGGGGCACAAGGGUGGCCAGGUGGUCUACGUGGAUGGCGCCUGGGACAUGUUCCACUGUGGCCAUGUAGACCUGCUACGGAAGGCCAAGAACUUGGGUGAUUUGCUCAUCGUGGGAGUGCACGCUGACGCGGUGGUGAACAAGCAUCGUGGCUCCAACUAUCCCAUCAUGAAUAUGCAGGAGCGUGUUCUUAGUGUCUUGGGUUGUCGCUACGUGGACGAUGUCUUGCUGGACGCGCCCUGGCAGGUGACACGGGAGAUGAUCGCCACUUUGAGACGCUUGGACCGCAGGGCUUCACGACUCUCCGUGGUGGUCCGCGGCACCGUUUGCGAUACCGUGCGCCGAGCUGCGGCUGAAGACCCGCACAGCGUCCCGAGACAUGGCAGAUCUGCGAAGGUUCACCUAUGGCAGUAUGGGUUAUUAUGGAACAAGUUAUGCAACAAUUAA